AUGUCUUCUGGCGCAGGAAUCCGCCAACUGCCACCUGAUGUUGUCGCUAAAAUCAAAUCAUCGACUUCUAUCACUCAUUUGAAUGGAGUGAUCAUAGAGCUAGCCAAGAACUCCUUGGAUGCAAGUGCGCAUACGGUACUCGUCUCCGUCGACUUCAAGCGCGGCAGCUGCAUAGUUGAAGAUGACGGUGAAGGUAUCCGACCGGACGAAUUUGGGUCCACUGGUGGGCUUGGAAAGGCGCAUCAUUCGUCAAGAUUCCCGAAGGGAGAUUCAUAUGGACACCGAGGCCUAUUCUUGGCUUCCCUAGCUUCCUUGUCCCUAUUGACCGUGACAUCUUGCCAUGAACAGCAUCAGAGUACAAAUUCGGUUAUCUUUCACCAUUCCAAGCCGGUGGCGCGGUUGCUUCCUGCACCAGCACAUCAAAGCUUUCGGGCUGGCGAACAUGGCACGAGUGUCGCCGUGAAUGAUCUCUUCGGCAACAUGCCAGUGCGAACCAAGAGUCGAGCCUUAGCUCUUCAAAGGCCGGAUGAGAUGGAGAAGGAGUGGGAGAACCUCAGAUAUUCCUUAGUCUCUCUGAUGUUGGCCAAUUCGCAGCUCUCAAAGCUUGUUAUUACCGACGUGACACGAGACAAAAGAGUAUCCAUUCGCUUCAUCUCUCAUACCGGAAGUUCUCCAGACAUUUCUGAAUCCACAACAGACCUUGGGCGCAUUGGGUCUAUCCUAGCACAAUCUGGAAUGAUCAGUUCCAGAGACAUGACCUCUUGGCACGUUCUAUCAGCUACCAUCCCCAGUCUUACGAUUCGGGCUGCCAUUUCUACCGUGCCCAGCCCUUCCAAGAAACUUCAAUUCAUUUCUUUGGGUAAUCACCCGGUUUUUCCACGAAGCAACUCGAACAUAUUAUACAAUGAAGUCAACCGAUUGAUGUCUUUGUCGGACUUUGGAACCGCCAACACCAGCUCCGAUGUCACGCCUUCAAUAUGUCCAUCGCCACUCGUAGACGGCACUCGUGGCCUAGAAAGUGCGAGUGGUAGAAGCUGGGCUAAGCCAAUCAACAAAUGGCCAAUGUUCUACAUACGGGUCGAUUCCCGAAACAUCCAAGACUUGCCUGGUGAUGAGCUAUCACCGGACUCUGAAAUAUCUAUACAGCGUAUCACGGAUGUUCUUGGCGCCAUGAUCAUAGAGUUUUUGAAACAGCAACGGAUGCGACCCCGUCCCACAAAGCGGCAAUCCAAGGGAUCUGAUCGAACCACGUCAACCAAAGCCUCUGGCCAAAGAGGUGACCGAUUUCAUGCGAAAUUGGGGGCAGUAUCAAGUGCAGAAGAGGCUUUCGGCAGCCAAAUUAAGCUUCCAUCUUUUCAAAGAUCCCAAGCUUUAAUUUCGGGUCGGAAUCUCAACAAUUGGUCCAGGGUCAAGACCGCGAAAGAAUGCUCGAAUCGUGCAUCUCCGGGUGGACAUUGGAGUGAGAACAGUGUUUCUGGGGGCAGAGGGCGGGCCGAAGGGCAGAAUCAAUCAAUGCCAGACCUUACCCAGACCGUCACGGACCGCAGGCAAAACGAUUCGGCUUCUUCGGUCCAUUGCAAUCGAGCAUUCAUGCAACCACCGUCAUUAAGGACAAGCGCACAUUCUGUUAUUGACGAUAAUGAAGGCAGCACACGCGCACCUCAAGACCAGCUUAUCCCCUGGUUUGAUCCGCAAACUCGGAAAUCACACCUCAUCAACUCGCGCACAGGACAGACUUUAAAGCCCAAGCAGGCGCCAUCUGGUUUUUCAUCAUGGCCCGGAAGCCCAACUGCCAACCAGCCGCAACUUGAACGCGAGCAGCAGCCAGGUUCUUUGUAUGACACUUCUCCGGGUCAGUGGUUUGAGGGCUUACUACGAUCAUGGCAGAAUCCAGUGUUCACUCGAUCCGAAAAGCCACUGGCAACUCUCGGGACUCCAUCUAUCCCUCACCACUGUAUCCAAGAUAUUGGGCCUCUGGAUGCUUCUCAUCUUGCCAACUUUAGAGGCAAGAUAAAGCGUGACAGCCUGGCAACCGCCUCCAUCAUCGCCCAAGUGGACCAUAAAUUUAUUCUUGUGAAGAUGCACUCAGAUUCUGCGCAGCACCCUGGCUACGACCCGGACGGCAUGCUAGUCUUAAUUGAUCAACAUGCAGCGGAUGAGCGUUGCCGAGUUGAGCGUUUGUUUGAGGAAAUGUUCAUCUCAGCAAACUCUUCCACAACAGCAACUCAAGUCCGAGUGGUUGAGAUAGAUCCCAUAUCGUUCAGUGUUUCAUCUACUGAAAGUUUUCUUUUUCAAAAAUACUUGGGUUUCUUCCGAACAUGGGGUAUUCACUUCAACAUAGAUGCGAAGCCAGCUUCUACGGCGACUGUUUCUGUUCAUUUCCUCCCAGUUCUCAUCGCCGAGCGCUGUCGAUCUGAACCUAAUUUGAUACUUGACUUAAUGCGCCGUGAGAUCUGGGCAUGUGAGGAAGAUGAUCAGAGGCCACUGGGGUCGAACAGAUUGUCCAGGACGCAUUUCGCCGAUAUACCACCCAACGAGCCGAGUUGUGUUCAUCCAUGGGUACACCAAAUGAGCGGCUGCCCUCAGAGCAUUCUGGAUCUUCUCAACUCCCGCGCCUGUCGCACGGCGAUCAUGUUCAAUGAUUCGUUGGACAUCAAGGAAUGCGAGGUGUUAGUCUCACGACUGGCCAAAUGCGCUUUUCCGUUUCAAUGCGCCCACGGGCGACCGUCCAUGAUCCCGAUUCUGGAUCUACGCCCACGCACAGCACUAUCUACCACACCGCCUAGUGAAGACAUCCCGAUGUACGAUGAUGAUGAUUAUUAUGAUGAUGAUGAUAAGGAUAAGGAGGGACUAAAUUUCAUAGAGGCGUUCAGCAAACGCUAUGCCAAGUAA